AUGACGAAUGUGCCCCCUCCCCAAGGCUCCGGCAGCGGAGUGCCCCCAACCUUCUUGUCUAUGCCUCGCCGUUCAUCCUAUGCCUCUGUGGUGUCCGGCAACGGUGCCGUAGCCAACUCAACCUCACCCACUGCCACCACCAAUCCCACCACUUCCUCCAUAACCACCAACUUCGAAUUCCAAUACGACCCCGACAACGACUCUCCCUCAUCCACUGCCUCUGCCUCUGCCAGACUACAUCUACAGCUCCAACGACAACGACAAGCAUUCCUCCAACAAAAUCCCGGGGCAACUUGGUCUGGUCCACCGAUCCCUUACAUAUUCACCUCCGCCGCCACACCCAGCAACUCCUACCCCCCCCACUACAUCCCCACGGACUCUAGAGCCCAUAGCACCAGCAGACAUCCCUGGCUAGAUAAUAGCAAUACUAAUAGAAACGCCAACGCCACCUUCAACACCAGCACCAACGAAAUGCAGACGAACGGCGGUGGCGGAGGGGCUGCUGCAACUGGCCUAGUUGGGAGCGGAUGGAGGAGACCUCUCCCUCCCACCACCACUAUCUCAACUACCACAAACCCCUCCUCCACCCUCCCCCUCUACUCUCGACAGUUUGCCAGAUCCCCUGAAUACUCCUCCUCCUCCUACUCUCCUUACCCAGGCUACGUGCAUAGCUCUGCCUCCACAGGAACAAGCUUCUUUACCCCAUCCUACCUCAGGAACUCAAAAUAUAUCGCCCAGCUCGCCGCAGCUCAUAGAUCCCAGGCCCUCAACACUACAUCCUCCUCCUCUUCCUCAGCAGCAGCUACAGCAGGCACGUCAGGAACGUCCUCAAGCCAGAAGGACCCCUCACAACCCCAUCCAUCCUCAACCUCCACAAACACGAAUCCCAACACCAGCACCACAAACCAAAAUACAACCAGCACAUCCUCCGCCGCUGCCGGUGGCAGUGGCACUGGUGGUGGCUCAGGCAGCGGCGUCCCCACUCCCCUCUCCUCCAGCUCAAGCAAUGCAAACCUCCACCGCCUCGCCCCCUCCCACCGUGGCAUGACCCACGAAAUCAUUGAGCACCCCCCUCCAUCCACAGACGACGACAGCCCCAUCAUGCCACUGCCAUCCUGCUGGAGCGACCAGAACAAGAACUCAGGCCUCGACCUGCUUAAUGAGGGACUCGAGGUGCGUUAUCUGGGCAACCCGUUCAAGCACGAGCAUGAGGCUGCAUCCUGUCGAGCGAAUCAUCCCAUGCCUCCUCAGUGUGGCAUAUAUUACUUUGAGGUGACGGUUUUGUCGAAGCCGAAGGAGGGCAUGAUCUGCGUGGGAUUCACGAGCAAUAAAGCUUCCCUCGAACGACUACCGGGCUGGGAGCAGGAGUCUUGGGCAUACCAUGGCGACGAUGGGAGGACGUUCUUCGGCGAGUCUCAGGGACAGGGCAAAGUGUAUGGCCCCAAGUAUUCGGUCAAUGACAUCAUUGGGUGUGGUGUGAAUUUCUCUACGAGUAGUGCGUUCUUUACGAAGAAUGGAGUUUAUCUUGGGAAUGCUUUCCGCGAACUGCCAAAUAUAAAACUUUAUCCCGCCAUUGGCGUGAAAAAGCAGCCUGCCUCGCACAUCAGAGCCAACUUUGGCCAGUUUCCAUUUAUAUUUGAUAUCGAUGGGAUGAUGAAGAAAGAGAAACGUAGCAUUCAAGCAGAUAUAAGUGCUACUAGUAUUUCUAAUUUGCAUCCUUCACUUGAUGAAACGACAUUUAUCCAGGAGCUUGUAGCUCAAUUUCUGGCGCAUGGCGGCUAUGUCGAGACCGCCCGUGCUUUUGCAAAAGAGGUUCGAGAGGAGUCUCGGGCACUGCAGAGUGGGAGGGAGACGCCAUUGAAGGAUUUUCAUGCCGAUGAGGAUAUGGAUGCUAUCAAUCGACAGAAAAUCCGCUCCGCCAUCCUCGAAGGUGACAUCGACAAAGCUCUAAAACUCACCAAUACCUCAUACGACAAUGUCCUUCAUGACAACCCCCAGAUCUUCUUCCGCCUUCGCUGCAGGAAAUUUAUAGAGAUGAUGCGUCGCUGUACGGAACCGCAGCAACCCUCUCCACCUUCAAAGCAACCGGCCCGUUCAUCGAAUGGCGCUGCUACUUUGGGGAUGCAUGUGCACGAUACGGCUGAUGAUAUCUUCACGCACCACAUGGAGAUGGACGAGCAGAUGAAGGAUGUCAUUGACGACGAGGCAGAAAACAGAGAGGAGGAGGUUGUGGAUGAUGAUGAUGAGGGUGCUGUUGUCAUGGACAAUGAACACGACAACGAACACGACAUUCAAGGUGAUCGUAACACCUCAGACGACGAGUUACAUGAUGACGGCAUGGACGUCGAGUCAGCAAAUGUAUACAAUGGUACCACACACACGAACACUCGCACAAUCACAAACUCGCACGCGAAUACGACGGCGCCACCGCCAGCCACGGCGAACUACCAAGACCUCCUCCAUGAAGCCAUCCUCUACGGCCAAGAGCUACAAGCCGACUACCCCGGCGACGAGCGGCGCGAGUACAAGCGUGCGCUCGACGAUAUCUUUUCCCUGGUUGCCUAUCCCGAUCCCAAGUCGAGUGUGCAUGGGCAUCUGCUUGAGCCGAGUGGGCGCGUAGCUGUGGCGGAGGAGUUGAAUUCGGCGAUUUUGGUGUCCCUGGGCAAAUCAUCCUCCGCCGCACUGGAGAAGUUAUAUCAGCAGACAGAGGGGCUGGUUAAUGAGAUCAGUGAAGAUGGCGGGGCGGGGGCGUUUAUUAAUGUGCGGAAUGAUUUUGUGAUAUAG